AUGUAUACCCGGUAUUGGGGUGUCAUUCCAUACACGCUCUACCUCCUCGCUCGCCCCGCAUUCCCCCUACGAUAUGAUCCAGAGCAAGUGGCCUGGAACCUCAACACUGACCAAGAUGCCGUCGAUCCCGUGCAAUAUCGCGGAGAAUGGGAAGAUCACACAUUUACGCCUUCACCGGACAACUGGAGGAUACCCUUCUAUACCGUCAUGCUCGACCGCUUCGCCAACGGAGACCCAAGUAACGACAACGCCAACGGCACACAGUUUGAACAUGACCCUACACAGACGUCAUUACGGCAUGGCGGCGAUAUCAAAGGACUACAGGAUAGCUUGGACUACAUACAAGGCAUGGGAGUGAAGGUGCUCUAUCUUGCUGGCAGCCCUCAUAUCAAUGAACCCUGGUCGGCGGAUGGCUACAGUCCGGUUGACUUGACCCUGCUUGAUCACCACUUCGGCACCAUCGCAGAAUGGCAGACCGCGAUCGAAGAGGUCCACAAAAGGGGAAUGUAUGUGGUGUUGGACAAUACAAUGUCGACUAUGGGUGACCUCAUUGGCUUCGAGGGCUACCUCAACACCUCCACACCAUUUAACAAGCAAGAGCACAACGCAUUAUGGAAGUCAGAUCGGAGGUACCACGAUUUUGCGUUUGGCAAUAACGAAUUGCCCCAUUGUACAUACCCUAGAUUCUACGGUGACGACGGGUUGGAAGUCAAGAACUUGUCCACAGAGCUGGUGGGUUGCAGGGACUCUGAAUACGACCAAUAUGGCGAGAUAGCUGCCUUUGGAAAUUAUCCCGAGUGGCAACGACAGAUUUCGAAGUUUGCCUUCGUACAAGACCGACUUCGUGAAUGGCGACCGGAUGUCUUAGCGAAGAUUGAGCACUUUGCCUGCAUCACCUUGGCAAUGUUAGAUAUAGACGGGUAUCGCUUGGAUAAAGGUCUCAUGAUCUCGGUCGAUGCGCAAGCUCACUGGUCCGACUCCGUGAGGCAGUGUGCUGAGAAAUAUGGGAAGGACAACUUUUACAUCUCAGGUGAAAUCGUUUCGGGAAACACGUUCGGUUCAGUCUAUAUCGGUCGAGGGAGGUCGCCCGAGAACUACGUUACGAAUGUCACUCAGGCCGUCGCCAUGACGAACGAGUCCGACGACAAGUACUUCAUUCGCGAUCUGGGGCAGAGCGCGUUUGACGGCGCCGCUUUCCAUUAUACCGUGUACAGAUUCUUUACGCGCUUUCUCGGUCUAGACGGAACCUUUGGCGCCGAAGGCGACCCGCCUACAGACCUGGAGGCAUUCUGGUCAACCAUAAUCCAAACCAACGACAUGAUUAAUGCGAACACAGGCAAAUUCGAUCCCAGGCAUAUGUAUGGUGUUACAAACCAGGACGUCUUCCGUUGGCCUACUAUCAAGAACGGUACCCAGAAGCAAUUGCUUGGUCACUUCAUCAUGACAAUGCUAUUACCAGGCAUUCCAACCUUGGUUUGGGGUGAGGAACAAUCCUUCUAUGUGCUGGACAGUACAGCCGGCAAUUAUGUAUUUGGUCGGUCACCUAUGACCUCGGCGCAAGCGUGGGGAAUGCAUGGCUGCUUCAAAGGAAAUAAUGAGAAAUACUACCAAUGGCCUCUCGACGCAGGGAUCUACGGCUGUCAAGAUGACAACGUCAUCUUGGAUCAUAGAGACCCCUCGCAUCCGGUCCGCAAUAUCAUUAAGAGCUCAUUUGAAAUGAGGGAGAAUUAUCCAGUUAUCCAAGAUGGAUUUUCACUGCGCCAGCUAUCGAAACAAACCUUCAAUAUCUACCUCCCAGGCAGCGAUGGCACCGCAACAGAGACUGGUAUUUGGAGCAUGGAGCGCGCUUCCCUAGAUAAUAUCCAAAAGAUCGAUCAGCGGGCGUGGUUGGUCUAUGGGAACGAAAACCGGAGUAAGGUAUACAACUUUGACUGCAGCGAUGCAGACACGGCUCUCAUAGCGCCAUAUAACGCGACGACCGUCGUCAAAAACAUGUUUUUUCCCUACGACGAGUAUACCAUCGAGAAAGCGAAAUGGUCAAAUGAUAAGAACGAUACGCAAGGCUGCCUACCUCUGAUCCAACUCCCAGCAUGGGGUUUCAAAGCAUUUAUUCCGAAAGACGAGUGGAUAGCACCUUCGCCUGUGAUUACAAGAUUCUUGCCUGGUCACGACACGCGACUCCCUCCACAAGACUCAAUACCAAUAGAGUUUCAUUUCUCUGCGUCGAUGGACUGCGAUCAGCUAAAGAAGUCGAUCGUAAUUAAUUCUACGACCGCGGAUGGGAAGACUGCACAAAUUGAUGGUGGCAGCGUUCAAUGCAAGGAUUUGACGUCUGUGAAUGAGAAUCCAAUACCUUGGGUUGGCAGUGUUGAGUCUACAUGGAUGAUUAGCGCGAAUCUGGUGCAAGUAUCUGAAGGCGUUCAUCAAAUUACUCUCAACAACGUCAGCACAAAAGACGGGUCUGCGUCUACCAAAUUUGUAGACCACUUUCUUCUUCGUGUCGGCCAACCAGACAAUCCAUUAGUCUUUCCAAAAUCUGCUAACUAUAGUGCUGACCUUCUGAAUGGGGACGACAAGAAACUCUACAUCUCUCACAAGGCACCCGGCGCAGACCAAUUUCGAUACUCUUUAAACUUUGGCACCACAUACAGUGACUGGGAGCCCUAUAAUGAAGGUGGAAACACAACUUUGGCUCCUAAGGUUUGGUCCGGGACCAAAGCGCAAGACUGGGGAGGUGAACAUGUGAUAGUCCAGUACUGGAGCCAACUUGCUGCAAGUAGCGCCCAUAUUCAGCAUGGUGAUCUCAAACACAAACAGCCUCGGAGAUGGCCUCAUCUUUGGCUGCAGGGCACCUUCAAUCAGUACGGCUUUGAUGCAGGGUUUGCCAACCAGAUGAAAAUGGGUCUUGAUUCUAUAUGGCGCUUCAAUUUCAUGACAGAGUGGCCAGCAAAGACAUCUCUCAAUGUCUGGGGUAUGAACCCUGAUGGUCAACCUGAUCAGACUGCGGUGUAUGGUGACAUCGAUGGGGACUUCGUUCUCGAUCGCAUACCACCGCUAUCCCUCAUCAAGAAUACAAUCAAUAUCACUGAGGCCCCCCUUCACCAUAUCUAG